UCAAUUUGCUUCGUUCAGUCGCAGUGACAAGCUCGAAGUGAAUAGUUAAAGCCAACAAUCAGCAACAUGAAAGCUAUUAUCAUAUUUUGCUCGGUACUCGGUCUGGUGCUGUUGAGUAGUCAGUGUCGCGCUGCCGACUGCGAUGAGGUCAAGAAUCCAGACGACAGCGAUUUUAAAAACUUUUUUAAGAACUUUGGCUGCAAGGUGAAGCAGGGUGCCGGGGAGGUCGCCGAUGCGGCUAGGCCCUAUGCUGAAAAGAUUGGCGAAGGUGCCAAGGAUUUUACCAGCUCAGUUGCGCAGAAAUAUGACGAGCUAAAACAUCGCCUCACCGACGACGCCUCCACACCAAGGUCCCCGAUCACUGGAAUCCCCGAUGCGCCCACAGAGCGUGUGCCUCUAGCGCCUAUUGCCCCAGCUUAUCCAGCAGAUAUUGCGGGCAGUCCCCAACCCGUUGCUGGAUAAAUAUUGUGCCGCCCAUUUACAGGACUUACGUGUUUUUUGGCUUACUUUUUUUUUUUUUGGCAUUCUUUUUUCAUUUUUAUAUUUUUGCCCAACAAAUACAUCAAAUUAAGCAAAUUUAGUGUUUCGUGCCAGUGUGAAAUGAAAUGCGUACUCUCUGUCAGUUGCUAAUUUUAGAUUGAAAGCUUAACCUGAAAUGAACUGUUUUACUACUAAAAACGCUUUAUUGCCGACCGUUUGUUCCUCAUUUGAUGCGGCUUUGUAGACGUAUCAGAAGCAUAGCAUCACCGUACUUAGCUAAGUUCUCCCAAUAACAUUUUGCAACGAUCUUUAAAAACAAUCCUAUAGAAACGUAUUCCACGCAUACGGUAAGAAUUUUCCAAACAACAUACUUCACAUAAGGUACAUAUGUAUGUACAUAAGUUGUACAUAUGUAUUUCCAUAAGAACUUCUGGUGUCUAUCACGCACCUUUCCUCACUAAUAGUUAGGACAAUCAGUUUUAUACUAUUAGCUGUAUGUUUGUACAUAUUUGGCUUUUAAUAAAGAUGUCAAUAAAUA